GUUCAUAAGCAGCCUGGCAGGCACUGGAGUCAAAAUGAAGGUCCCAGUUCCUGUCCCCAUCUGUAGCAUCAUGCUGGUCUUGCCCUUGCUGCUGGCUGUCCUCCAGACUGUCACGGCCCAAAAGAAUGGCAUCCACAUCUACAGCCUCAUGGUGGACUCCAAGGUCUCUUCUCGAUUUGCCCAUACGGUCAUCACCAGCCGGGUGGUGAACAGGGCCGAUGAGGCACAGGAGGCCAUCUUUGACAUGGAGCUGCCCAAGAAAGCCUUCAUCACCAACUUCUCCAUGAUCAUCGAUGGUGUGACCUACCCAGGGAACAUCAAGGAGAAGGCUGCAGCCCAGGAGCAGUACAGCGCAGCUGUGGCCAGAGGAGAGAGCGCCGGCCUGGUCAAGGCCACUGGGAGAAAGACGGAGCAGUUCCAGGUGUCAGUCAGUGUGGCUCCUGCUGCUAAGGUCACCUUCGAGCUGGUGUACGAGGAGCUGCUGAAGCGGCAACUGGGGGUGUAUGAGCUGCUGCUCAAAGUGCGGCCCCAGCAGCUGGUGAAGCACCUGCAGAUGGACAUUCACAUCUUUGAGCCUCAGGGCAUCCGUUUCCUGGAGACAGAAAGCACCUUCAUGACCAACGAGCUGGCAGAUGCCCUCACUGUCUCCCAGAAUGAGACCAAGGCUCACAUCCUGUUCAAGCCAACACUGUCCCAGCAGCAAAAGUCUUCAGGUCAGCAGGACAAGGCCCUGGAUGGCAACUUCAUUGUGCGCUAUGAUGUGAACCGAACCCUCUCUGGAGGCUCCAUUCAGAUUGAGAAUGGCUACUUUGUGCACUACUUUGCUCCUGAGGAUCUGCCCACAAUGCCCAAGAAUGUCAUCUUUGUCAUUGACAAGAGUGGCUCCAUGAGUGGUAGGAAAAUUGAACAGACCCGGGAAGCCCUCAUCAAGAUCCUGAGUGACCUCAGCCCCAAAGACCAGUUCAACCUCAUCACCUUCAGCAGCGGAGCAACCCAGUGGAAGCCAUCACUGGUGCCAGCCUCUCCGGAGAAUGUGAACAAGGCCAAGAGCUAUGCCACCGGAAUCCAGGCAGCAGGCGGGACCAACAUCAAUGAUGCGAUGCUGAUGGCGGUGAAGCUGCUGGAGAGUACCAACCAGGCCGAACUGCUGCCCGAAGGGAGCAUCUCCUUCAUCAUCCUGCUCACUGAUGGCGACCCCACCGUGGGGGAGACCAAUCCCACAAGCAUCCAAAAGAAUGUUCGCGAAGCCAUAGGUGGCCAGUACAGCCUCUUCUGCCUGGGCUUUGGCUUCGACGUCAGCUAUGCCUUCCUGGAGAAGCUGGCGCUAGACAACGGUGGCCUGGCUCGGCGCAUCUAUGAGGACUCGGACUCUGCCCUGCAGCUCCAGGACUUCUACCAGGAGGUAGCCAACCCAGUGCUGACAAAGGUGGCCUUCCAGUACACAAGCAAUGCUGUGGAAGAGGUCACACAGGACAACUUCCGUCUGCUCUUCAAGGGCUCAGAGAUGGUGGUGGCUGGCAAGCUCCGAGAUAAGAGCCCUGAUGUGCUGUCGGCCAGAGUCGGUGGGAAGAUGUACAUGCAGAACAUCACCUUCCAAACUGAGUCCAACGUGGCCAAGCAAGAGGAGGAGUUCCAGAGCCCCAAGUACAUCUUCCACAACUUCAUGGAGAGACUCUGGGCAUACCUGACUAUCCAGCAGCAGCUGGAGCAGAUGGUUUCAGCAUCAGAAGCUGACUCACAGGCCUUCAAGACCCGAGCUCUGAAUUUGUCACUCAAAUACAACUUUGUCACUCCUCUCACCUCUAUGGUGAUCACCAAACCUGAAGGCCAAGAACAGUCUCAAGUUGCUGAGAAGCCUGUGGAAGAUGAUACUAGACAUGAGAACGUCAAUGCAGGAGGCCACCAUCUUUCCAGACCCGGUAUAGGAAACCGACCGUUCCGAAUAACAGGAAGCAGCUCCGGAUAUUUCAGAAGAGGAUUCAGAAAGCAAGCAAUAGUUCACAACGCCCCACCAAUUGAUGUUGGAGUUGCCCGCUCCCCCGACAUAUUGGGACAACGGGGACCACCUGGGGAUCCUCACGAUUUUCCUUCUUAUUCCUCCCGAUUACGGAACUCAGGGGACUCAGCAUUCUCGCCACAAGUGGUCUUAGAGCCUCGUCAAGUUGAGUUGGAUGAUACGGAAACACAAAACAAAGAAAGAAUCAUUACAGAACCAACCUCAGCCUCCAUCCAGGCUUCUCCUGUCCUCCUGACACUGCCUGGACCCAGCAAUGACACGCUCUGUGUGGACAUCAAGCACUCCCAGGGACCCAUGAACCUGCUGUCAGACCCUGACCAAGGGAUUGAGGUAAAUGGCCAGUAUGAUACAAAGAAGGCUGGGUUCCACUGGAUCAAGGUGACCUUCAAGAAUCCCCAAGUGCAGGUCCUCGCAUCCCCUGAACACGUGGUUGUGACUCGGAACCGAAGGAACUCUGCAUACAAGUGGAAGGAGACGUUAUUCUCGGUGUUGCCUGGCCUAAAGAUGACCAUGGACAAGACGGGGCUCUUGCUACUCAGUGGCCCGGACAAAGUCACCAUCGGCCUGUUGUCCUUGGAUGACCCUGGGAAGGGGCUCCUGCUCUUUCUGCGGGACACCGACCAUUUCUCCAGCCACGUCAACGGGACCCUCGGCCAGUUUUACCAGGACGUGUCGUGGGAGAUGACAGAAGUGGCAGACGACAGCCAACGGACACUGAGGGUUCAGGGAAAGGACUUCUCUGUCACCAGAAAGCUCAAGAUGGAUUACCAAGAGGGGCUCCCAGGCACAGAGAUUUCUUGCUGGUCUGUGGAGCUGUAGUUCUGAUUGAAGAACCCUGUACCCUCCUGCUACAGGGUCACCUGUGGGGUCUGGAUCAUGAUGCAAAGGGGGAUUCCUACUGGCUUCAAAUAAAGAAAGGUGGUGUAAACCCAGA